CGGGAACUUCCGGUUGCGGUGAGUUGUUCCUGCUAGAGAGACAUGAUUGUAAACUAAGAGCCGUAGGUGCGCUCCUGGAGUUUGACUGCGAAAAGUCCUAUAAUCCUACAUGUGGUCGAGACGAUGGAGUCAAAAAUAAAAUCACAAAGCUGACUGAACCACCAAGCCUCAGUCGGACUCCAUCAAGCCGAGGGCGCCGCUACAGAAAUGGCAAACCUGAACUGGAAGCCGUUCGUCUAUGGAGGAAUGGCCUCAAUUGUCGCAGAAUUCGGCACGUUUCCUAUUGAUCUCACCAAAACGCGGCUCCAGGUUCAAGGGCAGACGCACUGCAUGGAGGUCCGAUAUCGAGGGAUGUUCCACGCUUUAUUCAGGAUCGGAAGGGAAGAAGGCGUCCGGGCGUUGUAUUCGGGAAUUUCACCAGCGCUCCUCCGACAAGCUUCCUACGGCACAAUCAAGAUCGGGACAUACAACACACUGAAGAAACUGUUCGUUAGCCAUCCUGAAGAUGAAACUAUGGUGAUUAAUGUGUUCUGUGGGGUGGUGUCCGGUGUUCUGUCCUCCUCUUUGGCAAAUCCAACUGAUGUGCUGAAGAUUCGCAUGCAGGCUCAAGGCAGCCUGUUACAGGGCAGCAUGAUGUCUAACUUCAUCAACAUUUACCAGACCGAGGGCACGCGAGGCCUGUGGAGGGGUGUCAUUCCCACUGCCCAGAGGGCGGCCAUCGUGGUAGGUGUGGAGCUGCCGGUCUAUGACAUCACCAAGAAGCAUUUGAUUCUCUCAGGCCUGAUGGGAGACACCGUGUUAACUCAUUUCAUCUCUAGUUUUGCGUGUGGUCUGGCAGGAGCGCUGGCGUCCAACCCGGUGGACGUGGUGAGGACGCGUAUGAUGAAUCAGCGUGUGCUCGCCGGGAAUCACAUGUACAAGGGCACCCUGGACGGACUCAUGCAGACCUGGAGAAAUGAAGGCUUUUUUGCCCUCUAUAAAGGCUUCUGGCCCAACUGGCUGCGUCUCGGGCCCUGGAACAUCAUUUUCUUCCUCACCUUUGAGCAGCUGAAGAAGUUUCCAUUGUAGCUGAGUGUGUGUGUGUGAGUGUGUGUUGGUCCUUCAACAUUCAUCAUCCCUUCUCCAUCAGACACACCUAUACGUGUGUUUAUUUAAGAACUUGUUUUAUUGUCAUCUCAUCAUUUGUGUUGCACAUACUUGACACUCGUUUUUGCACUCAUUCAUGCUUUAUGUUUGGCUCGUGGCAGCUCUCUGUCCGUCAGCGCAUGUUCUCGUGAUGUUUCAGAAGAUUAUGCUCAACACGUCCACCGGACGUAGAGCAGUAGUUAGUGUAUUACUGAAUAGAAGUCGAUUUCUAUUUUUUUCUAGAAUAUUUGAGGUCAGCACACUCCAAAUGAGACAUUAAACUGCUUCAAUGACAAAUCUUUUUGCUUUAUCUGUAGACGGCAGAUAUGAUUGGAAAUCUCCAUGCAAACUUGAAUACAGGUCAAAUGAAAACCAAAGGAACUAGUAAGAUGGUCAUGUGACCUCGCAUCGUUGAUCUUUGAAAUCAUAAAACUCCAGCAAAUUUGAGUGCAUCUUUAAUCGUUCACGAGUCCGUUCUUGCUCAGUUUGUCACGUCUAAGUCAACAUGGCUUGUUUCGGGCCGAUGUGCGCUGAAAGCUUCGUUUAUUUAGAUGUCUAAAUAAAACCGCUGGAGUUUAUGCUUGAACACGCACAGAAUUUAAUAUCACUUUUUUUUUUUGCAACUCUCUUUAGUGCCACAUGUGUGUGUGUGUGUGUGUGUUCUGAGAAGCACAUGCAAAAUAUUAAACAUUUUUUGGCAACUGUCAAAAGUGUGAAAACUGCUACUGUAUGAUAGAACAAAAAUGAAAUAUUAGCAUUUCCAUUUUUUUUUUAUUAUUAUUAUUUUAGGUCAGAUUUUGUGGAAAAGGGUCGGUGGCAUUUUUGUUGCUUCUUGCCUCCUUUGCCAAAUUGUCCAUGUUUUGAAGCAGAACUGCACUGCUGUUUCGGAGUUUUUAAGUGACAUUAUUAUUAUUAUUGGGAAAGUACUGUUACAUAUAUAUCAUUUUAUGUCAAUAUAUUUCAAGCCUUACCACUUCCUGCUUUUGUGUUUCUGCCUUUGCCUGAUCGUUUUAUGGUGUGCUAGUCCAACUUCUGCUAUAUUCAAUGUGCUCUGUUGUUCAUCACCUUUAACAUGUUCAGAAGCAGCAACUCAAACUACUAAUCAAACAUUAUUGCUUAAGUUAUACAUACGGGCAAACUGUUCUUUAAGGGAUGAGUUGAAACGGCUUAAUGUGUGUAAUGCCGUGUUAUUCAGGGGUUUCCUCUGAUAUACUUGCUUCUCAGAUUCGGCUUCUGCUCGACUGCUCAUCACAGCAUGUGCAUGAAAUAUUCCUCUCUGGAGGACUUUUGAAAAUGCUUAGAACCACAUUAACGAAUGUGCCAGUGUUUUUAUUUCAAUUUAGGUUAUUUGCAGGUUUUCAAAAUAUUUGCUUUUUAUUUUGCAGAUAUUUGCUGUUUUAUCGAAUUAAAUGAUUUUACAAUUUACUCCAAUUUAAAAUGUUCAUUUGAUAAAUGAGCUUAUGAAAAAGUGCAGAAUUAACUGUCCACACACAUAAUAUUUACUAUAUGUGUGUGUGUGUUUUGAAAGUGGGUAUAAAAGCAAAUAAAAUCCCCAAUGCUGCUUUUUUUUUUCUUUCUUUUUUUUUUCUCUCAAAAAUUAAAAAGCAUCCAAUAUCCAUUGCUGGUAUACUGUAUGCUUGCAGUUGACAAUUUCUUUGUGAUCCACUCUUUAGUUAAAUGUCUUUUGUCAACACAAACUCAUUAUUUAUUAUGAUCUGUUGCUUGAAUAAUAGACAAUGAUUGUAUUAAAAAUGUCCGUUUUUUUUUUGUGGCUGGUUUGAUUUAUUUUGCUCUGUCUGAUGUAACUGUGCACCCUGAUAAUAAACGCAAUUUUCACGGAAA